CAACCAUGGCGUUGAGAUUUGAAUUCUGUUUCAUACUUGUCCAUUGGAAUAUCCUGUGUCCCUUGUGAGAUAAGCCGACCAUCCCUGCGAGAAGCGAAAAUGAAUGCUAAAAAAAACAGGGUAGAAUAUGUAAAGGCUUCAAUGCAAAGAAUGACUGUGAAUAAAGAAUGCCCUUGCCUGCAUCAUUGUGCUUCCGUCCAAUCAAAUCAUGCCACUUUGCAGCCCAGUAUGUUCCGAAGCUCAUCGUACCACAAAGGCCUAUGUGCCAUCUGUAUUCAAAGAGCACUGACGGAGGCUCGCGAACGUCGACAAGCUGCUUUAAAGGCAAAUGGUCGGGCUCGCGUAGCUUGUGCCGCAGUUUUCGAGAAGUCCAACACUCGGAAAGAUCUUUCGCAACUACAGUUUGAAUCCGAUCGACUGCGUCUAAAACUCGACUCGCGUCAAAAAGAAGGCUCCCGACUUGCAGUUCAUGUUGCCCGCAUGGCUAUGGAAAAUGAAGAGCUGCAAAAGAGCUUGGUGGCACAAUCGGCUACGUAUACGCACCGAUUGCGUUUGGAACGUUUGCAGAUAGCGUUGUUGCACGGUGGUGCUUUGACGAGUGCUAUUCGCACCGCUACCCUAAAAGCUCAAAGCCUACGCUGGCACUGGGCUCUACAAGUCUUUGCAUCCCAUUGUCUAGUGGUAACUCCGGUUGAAGACGACCGCCGUGUGUUGGCAGAAGCACGCCGCGCACACGCGCGAGGCAUUGGAAAAAUAGGAGGACUGCCUUUGCCUCACGCCGGCCCCGAGCUCUACAAUGUCUUACCACCCCAGGAACUUGUGAGUGCUUUGCGACUUGUUGCGUCUGCAACAAAAUCCGUAGCCCAAUUUCUGGGAAUCGCAUUGCCGCAUCCGAUUCUGUUGCGCCAACACAUUGAAGGUGUCACUGACAUCAUCGAGCUGGUGAUGACGGAACCGGAAACUGAGCCGGAUAGACAGCUGCUUUCGGAAUCAAUGUCUGAAUCCACAAACUCCCUCGCAUCCAUUGGGAAAGCGGCCAAGCACACUCUAUCUCGCGUUGUCCACCGACCGAACUUGAUCAAGGCUACCGGUUCGACGAAACAUACAGAUGUUGCAACCGCUCAUUCCUCCCCUAGUGGUCCACUUUCAAUGCAUCCUGAUUUGGUCAACGCUCGAUUGCAGCACGCUUCGUCCGUUGUUUUGGUGGAAAGUGCAACAAAAGGUCAGGACGGCACUCGGUAUUCGUUGUCCUCCCAUACCAUACAUCAAGAAGAGUUUGCCAUUUCCUUGCAAUUAUUGCAAAACAAUAUUGUUGCGUUGUGCAUUCGGGCCGGAGUUCCAGUGGGGCGCUUGUGGCCGGCCGAGGCCAUUUUGCUUAAUUUACACGCACUACAGAUCUUUUGCCAAGAGCAAAUAGAAGUGGCAAUUCUAGAGGACGAAGGAAGUGUGCCCGCGUAA